AGCGGAAGAGCUCGAAGCCAUUCAAUUCAUCCCCAGCAGCUUCCCUUUCAUCCCUCAAUUCCCACUGCAAAAACUCUCUCUCUCUCUCUGUCUCCGAUAUGGGCAUCAAGGGACUGACGAAGCUGCUGGCGGACGAUGCCCCGAAGGCGAUGAAGGAGCAGAAGCUGGAGAGCUACUUCGGCCGGAGGAUCGCCGUCGAUGCCAGCAUGAGCAUCUGUCAGCUCCUCGUUGUGGUUGGGAGGAAGGGGACUCAGAUGCUCACCAACGAGGCUGGUGAAGUCACCAGUCAUCUGCAAGGCAUGUUUUACCAGACGAUUAGGCUGUUGGAGGCGGGCAUAAAGCCAGUCUACGUAUUUGAUGGUCCACCUCCUGAUUUGAAGAAGCAAGAGCUGGCAAAACGUUUUUUGAAGAGGGCAGAUGCCUCUGAGGAGUUGGCAGUAGCCAUUGUGUCUCAAAACAAGGAAGAAGAGAAAUUCAGUAAAAGAACUGUGAAGGUGACGCAACAGCACAAUGAAGAGUGCAAAAGACUAUUAAGGCUUAUUGGUGUCCCAGUAGUUGAGGCUACUUCAGAAGCAGAGGCACAAUGUGCUGCACGUUGCAAAGCUGGAAAGGUUUAUGCGAUUGCUUCUGAAGACAUGGAUUCCCUUACUUUUGGAGCUCCUAAAUUUCUUCGCCAUUUAAUGGAUCCCAGCUCAAGAAAAGUUCCAGUCAUGGAAUUUGAAAUUUCCAAGAUCUUGGAGGAGAUGAAUUUGGAUAUGGAUCAAUUCAUUGACCUGUGCAUUCUCUCUGGAUGUGAUUAUUGUGAAAGCAUUUGAGGUAUCAGAUACCAGAUAAUUGGCCCUAUAGUGAAGCUCGAGUGCUUUUCAAGGAACCAAUAGUUUCUAUGGAAGAAAAACCUGAGAUAAAAUGGACUACCCCAAACGAGGAGGGCUUAAUUUCCUUUCUUGUGAAUGAGAAUGGGUUCAACAUUGAUAGAGUGAUAAAGGCGAUUGAGAAGAUUAAGGCAGCUAAGCAUGAGUCAUCACAAGAUUAGAAUCCUUCUUUAAGCCAGCUAAGAAUCUAUCUGUACCUGCUAAGAGGAAGGGAAGCAAAUGCACACUUCAAUUCUCCAAUCUGGCAUUCAAGCCUAAGACAGUCUCUACACAAGUCUCUGUAAAUUCCCAACCCAGGUUCCUUGGCAGCUUUAAAAUGCCCACCAUGGUCCUAGGUUUGAGGAACUUCAAACAGCCAUUGAGAGUCGUCUGCUUCCUGACAUGGAUCUAAAUGAUGGUGAAUGUAAGGACCCUUUCCAUUGAGCAACUCUUGACUUGUAGAUGCUGUUUUUGUCCAUUGUUGGAAGCAAGUUGAUGCUUUCCUUUCCUUAAAAACAGGUAAUGUCUAAUGGUACUGCAAUUUUGGAAGUGAGUUGUAUCAAUUUUUAUUGGAAGGAUGAAGUUUGCCCUCUAUGCUAGAACGAGAGGGGUACUUCUUCGGGCAGAGUGCAUGUUAGUGUUCCUUCUGCAGUGUGUGUAUUUGCUGUCCUAAGGAUUCCAUUUCUUCCAUGUAUUGUACAUUUGCGAUGUGUAUAUCGCUUAUACAAAUUUUAUAUUAUUGUCAUC